AUGAAAGCCAUCGUUCUCGACGCCUUCGUCACUGACCUGUCCUCCCUCACGGCGACAGAAGCGCCCCUCCCAAAACCAUGGCAGCCCGCCGACGUCCUAAUCCGCAUCACCCACGCCUCCAUAACCCACGUCGACGUCCUCUACGCCCGAGGCCUGCACCAAAACAACCGGCGCCACACCAAGCCACCCUUCACACUCGGUCUCGAGUUCUCCGGUAUCGUCGCGCAGUCCCCCGCUUUCUCGGCCUAUAGGCCCGGUGACCGCGUCUUUGGCUCCGCGCUAGGGGCGUAUGCGGAGUAUAUCGCUGUGCCGGAGAAGCUGCUGAGGAGGGUACCGCGCGGAUAUGGGCUGCGGGAGGCGUGUGCGUUGGGGGCGAGUGGGUGCGUCGCGGUUGCGAGUUUGAUGGGGGAGAGGGGGGCGCGGUUGAGAAGGGGGGAGAGUGUGUUGGUCUUGGGUGCUGCGGGGGGGUUGGGGGUUAUAGCUUGCCAGGUUGCGAAGGCGGCGGGGGCGAGGGUUAUUGGGGUUGUGGGGUCGAAGGAGAAGGAGAGGGUGGUGAGGGGGUUGGGGGUGGAGGUGGUGAGGUAUGACUCGCCGGGCUGGGAAGGAAAGGUUAGGGCGUUGACGAGGGAUGGAGAGGAUGAGGAAGGUGGCGUGGAUGUGGUGUAUGAUCCUGUUGGAAACGUUGAAAGCUCACUGCGCUGUAUUAAGUAUGGCGGACGUGUCCUCGUUAUCGGAUAUGCUGGCCGGCACGGCGUAAUGGAGCAGAUACCAGCUAAUAAGAUAUUGCUAAAGAGCGCCAAGGUCAUUGGGUACCGCUGGGGCGAGCAUGGCCGACGGUUCCCACAGGAGGCAGAGAAGGUAUGGGAUAAGGUUAUGGAAAUGGCAGAGAUAGGAGAGGUCAAACCUGUUGUCUACGAUAAGGAGUAUAAGGGCCUAGAGAGUGUGCCGAGGGCUAUGCAUGACGUAGAGGCUAAUAAAGCGUGGGGAAGAGCCAUUAUAACAAUUGCGAAUGAGGGAGAAGUGCUAGAGGAGAUGAGCAAAUCAAAGCUAUAA